UGUCACAUUCCACACCAACGAAAAAAAAAGAAAAACUUCGUUCAGUGGCAAUCGUCCUCUUUCUCGUUAUGGCUCUUCGUUUUUCCGUCUGAAUCCGAGGAAAAACACUAAUUUCGCGUAGGAAUCUGUGUGGAAUCGACGUUCCACCAUGGACUUUGGCAAGCUGCUGAGCGUAGCUCAGCGCAAUGCGGCCUCCUCGACCAACAGCGAACCCAAGGCUGAGUCCCGCUACUACCCGGCCAAGUUUGCGCCGCCCAAGAAGGAGUCCAAGGACAAGAAGCUGUCGGCGAACAUCCAGAAGUUUCUGGCCAAGCGGGAGCAGGAGGAGCGCCAGAAGGAGGAGGAGGCCCGCCGGAAGCGGGAGGAGCUGAACGCGAAGCGUGACCCGAAGGCCAAGCGGAAGAUCGAGAAGAUGCUGAAGGUGAUCCGGUCGGCGAACAAGUCGGUGCUGGACGACGCGAUCGACACGCAGGACACGGCCGUGACGCUGCAGGGCCCGGAACAGCCGGACGAGGACGAUUACGGGUACACGUCGAACGUGGCGUCCGCGAUCUACCAGCAGCUGAUGGACAAGUACAAGGCGACGCCGGAGGAGAAGAAGUUCAAGGACGGGGAGAAGCGGACCAUGUCGAAGGAGGAGAUGCAAAAGGCGAAGGCGCGUGUGAAAGACGCGUUGAACCGGGUUCAGGAGGAGGAGAAUGCUCCGAGGACGAGGAAGAGGAAGGAUGGGACUGGGGGGGAGGGGAGUACGAGGGAGGAGACGGCCGGAAGUAGCAAGAAGGUUGUGGGUCCGGAUCGGUACGAUCCGGAGGAGGAGCGGAAGAAGGAAGCGGAAGCAAAGGCGAAAGAGGAAGCCGCGAAGAAGAAGGUGAAAAGGCCGCAGGGACCUCCUCCGCCGGAUUUCGCCACGCUGCUCAAGCUGGCCGAGCAGAAGCAGAUGGAACCGGUCAAGCUGGAGACGCCGCUGGAUACGUUGGAGAAGAAGAAGAAGGAACCGGAACGGUUGAUGACCAAGAAGGAGAAGAAAGAGUACGAGGAGCGGAUGGCUUACUUGGAGGAGAAGAAGAUCCGGGACCGGAUACGGAACGAUCCGAAGCUGUCGGAGAAGGAGAAACAGAUCAAGUUGGCAAGGUAUGACGCGAUGAAGUCCGGGAAGGCGCCACCGGCGCCGUCCGCGACCUCAACUGGCGCGGCCAAACCCGUCAACGUGAUGGCCCCGAACGGCCGCAUUCCGAAGCUCAACUCCGGCACGGACAAACCAGCUGCCACGGUCACUUCCACCAGCAAACCCGCGCUCAAGCCACCGACUUCAGCUUCAUCUUCAAAACCGGAAGAGCGACGUUCCAGCGCUCCCUCGAAACCCGUUGACCCCGCCCGAAGCAAGCUGGAAGCGGCCCUCACCUCCAAGAAGCCAACCUCUUCAACGCCCUCGAAACCCACCCCGACGCCCUCUUCAAGCGCCGCCAAGAAGCCAAUCUCAAGCGCCACUUCCGGCAAACCCUCGACAUCGUCGUCGUCAUCCGCCAAAGUGGCCCCACCCGCCUCCAACGGCCAACCCAAAUCUCGACCAUUCCCCCCGGCGGACGUCCAACGGACGCGCCAAUUCCCCCCACCGGACGUCCAGCGCAAACGACCUGGACCUCCCCCAUCCUCCUCUUCCUCCUCCCAGUUCAAGAAGCGCCGCCCCGUCAUCGAGGACUCGGACUCCGAGUACGACUCCGAGAUGGACGACUUUAUCGACGACGAGGGCGCCGAGGAGGACAUCUCGUCCCACAUUCGGGCCAUCUUCGGCUACGACAAGAGCCGCUACCGGGACGAGGACUUUGACGACCGCACGAUGGAGUCCAACUUUGCGCAGGUCCAGCGCGAGGAGUACAUCAGCAAGAAGAUUGGCCUGCAGGAGGACCUCGAGGAUAUGCGGCUCGAGGAGGAGGAGAAGCGGCAGAAGGCGCUCGCGAAGAAGAAGGCGGCGGCCAAAGGGAGUGGUGGUAAGAGGAAGUGAGGGGGGAGGUUAAAGAUUUUUGUUUUUCUUUUUUGGAAUUUAUUUUAUUACGGUUUAUUUAUUUUAAUUUACUAAAUAUUUGCCUUCUUAUGCAUUAUUACUAUAUUGAUAA